CACACACACACCAGAAGAGUGAUCAGACAUCCACAUCAACACAACUCAUCUCAUCUCAACUCAACCAGUUCAGGUCAAAUCCAAAACACAUCACACAAUGCAAAACAAUGAAGUCAUCUCAACAGAUAAGGCGACAGUUAUCAUUCAGAUAAACCCACAGGCAGAUGGGUCUGUGAUUGUUGAUGGACAGCAGGCCAGAGGAGGAGCUCUUAAAGGAUUUUUCAAAGCACAGCCAAAGGCACUGGGGACUGUUCAGAUAAUGACUGGAGUGACGGUCUUCUUACUUGGUAUUGUACUCGCCGUAAAUUUCCGAAGAUAUUAUGAUAUUUCUGUCAUUAGCGGCAUCACCUUCUGGGGAUCUUUCAUUCACAUCAGUGCUGGAUCUCUGUCUGUUGCAGCACAGAAUAAACUUAAUCCAUGUGUGGUGAAAGCCUCUCUUGGAAUGAAUGUGAUCGGUACCAUAACAGCAGGGAUAUCCAUUCUUCUGAUGGGCGCAAACAUAGGAAUCAAUAAUAUAGUUUGCUACUAUAAAUAUGACUGUGCAUUUGUAAAGGAUUAUAGAUUUGGGAUCCUUGGAAUAUUGCUGGUGUUCUCCAUCCUUCAGUUUAUCAUCUCCAUCUUUAUCUCAGCAUUUGCCUGCAAAGCCACCUGCAACACAGACUCUACAGUGGUCAAUGUGGCACUAAACCGGGGAUACUGAGUCACGAUAAGGAUAAGGAUGCCAUCCAAAGGUUGCCAGGAAUUAAAAAUUGUAGUGUUGCUUCCGACUCAAAUAUUUUUUUCCUUUAGAGUGAAAAUAUAUGAGCACAUUUUAUAAUUAUUGGAAAAUUGAUCUUCAAACACAUAUGUACAAGCUAAUUAAUCAAGCUAGCCUUAAGGAUUUCUAAAAAAACCAAAAAAAAACAUUACUUUUUAAAGCAUAACAUGACUGGGCUGAUAUAUGAGUGUUUUAAAUAAAGGUCACCACUUCUAAAAAAA